AUGCCAUAUCUUCAAGCCUGCAUCAAGGAAGGUCUCCGGAUCCAUCCAGUUGUAGCCGUUCCUCUAGAGCAAGUCGUUCCCAAGGGAGGGCUCACGCUGUCCGGAACUUACUUUCCUGCAGGUACAAUCAUCGGAUGCAGUCCGUUCGUCGUAGCUCGCGAUGAGAAGCUGUUUCCUCAUCCGGAUACGUUUCGACCAGAGCGUUGGCUCGAAGCCAGUGGUCAAAAUCUAUUGGCGAUGGAACGUGGUAGUCUAGCCUGGGGCAGCGGGAAGAGAGUCUGCAUUGGAAAGAAUGUUGCGAUGCUGGAGAUGUCAAAGCUGAUACCGCAGCUACUAAGGAGGUACAGCUUGGAGCUAGAGAGGAAUGUGGAUAGAACGUCUUCCGUCAAGUCGUGGUUCACAUGGAUCCAGGACUUCGAUGUGGUGGUCAAGAAGAGAGAAGCCCCGAGGUGA